AUUUGUAAAGAUGUAUAUAAUUUCAUUUUUAUACAUUUUAAUUAAUACAUAACUAGCAACGCAGCACAAUUCUUCGUCUUUAAAUUUGGGCGCACUAAAAGUGAAUUUUCCGAAAUUCAAAUUUCAAUAUACGUCCAUGAGUCAAAUAAAUAAUAUUCUGCUUCAAGUAUGCUGGUGCAUAUAUCAUAUGGUCAGCAUGCUCAUGGUCGUGGAACCGUGCUACCAAACUCAAAAAGAGAUGGAUAAGACUCAGGUGCUCGUUUUGUACCUGCUGAGGUGCGUUUCCUCUACCGACCCAUUGUUUGUAGACGUUGAUAUUUUCUGCAAGCAGUUACAUCUUGAUCGGCCAAGCUAUACCCCGCUUGGAAUGUGCACGAUUUCAAGACCGCUCAUUGUUACGAUAAUCGGCGCCGUGAUGACAUAUCUUGUUAUUAUUUUUCAACUACGCUCUUACGAGUCCGACAGCAAAGAUCAAUUAUAGAGAUAUUUUUU